AUGAGCUUUCCCAAUCAAGCUGCUUUGAUGAUUUCCAAAUCGGAAUCAAUAAUUCAACAAUUAAAAAACAAUUAUCCGAACCUUUCACAACUUUUAAUGCAUAAUAGGGAAGGUACCGUGGGAUUUCUUAAGGCUAAUGGUGGUUUGUUUGGUUUCUCUCUAUGUCAUGAUUUUCAUGUUCCUCAUACUGGUAGCGAUAAUAUCAAGGCGUGGUCAGAUUAUAGAGAUGCCAUCGAAAAGUACUUGGAAGAGGUUUGCGGACGCGUCAUCGCAAAAGAUCCCAUCAAGAACGUAGAAAGAUCAUUUAAAGAGGAAUUAAGAGAGGCAAGGAAGGUUUUAUCAAAUGAAAUACAUCGACAGCAUUACAUCAAAUUUCCACUUUGGCCCUCUUCAGGUGAGCAAACAACAAUGGUCGAAUUAGAUACUGGUAGUGCUUACAAUAAAGGUGCUUAUACUUUGGUAUGGUCCUGUGUGGGUUGGAUAAAGGUGACUGAUAAAAGACCUCAAAGUGAUAAAUAUAUUGCUGAAUUUAGUGGAAAACCGGAUCUAAAAUUGUUAGUACUAGAUAAUGAUCGAUUGAGGGAGCUGGAAGAUGUUGUUAGAAGAGAGGGUAUUGAAGCAGGGAAAAGAAGAGUGGGUAGAUCAGACUAUUUAGCAUUAACUUGGGAUCAAUUGCUUUAA